AUGGGGACUUAUCUCUCGAGUCCCCUAUCGGGGAAGCACGUGGCGGCUGGCUCGUGCGAGGCGAUGGGCCUUCGGUGGGGGCUGUGCAGCAUGCAGGGCUGGAGAAUCUCUAUGGAGGAUGCCCACCUUGUGUUGUACGCCAAACGCAUUGCCGCGACGCCAGCUGCCUCAGCGGCUGCUUCGCCUGCCGGGCAGCCCUCCGCAGCACCAAGCGGAGCGACUGGCCCCUCGUUGGCUGUCACGGACGGCAGCGAUCCCGAUAAUUCGCAGCACUGCGAUGAAAACUCCGCACAUGGAAGAAGGCUCGUGGUGGGAGGAGGACAGCACUACUUGUCGCAUCUCCUGCUGGGCAUGGGGGCUGGUCACUCCCCGAAGCUGACUGAAGGCUAUGUGUUUCUGCCAUCCACCGCUGCGGAGGACAGUAGAGACGAAGCCCAUUGUGAGCACAGCUCCUCCGGAGCAGCAGCCGCAGCGCCUUUCUGCGGCUCGCCAGAAGUAGCGGACUGCUCGGACGAAGCACCCGAGGGAAAAGGGCUGCUCGGAGACGCUGCUGAGGGGGGCGAAGGCGCGACCACUGCCACUCACAAGAAGGGAAAUAGGGGACCCAAAUCGAUGCUGAGACAAUUCUCCAUCCGCAGGAAGGCACACCCUGUUUGCGCAACAUCAAGCGAAGCUGAGCCCCCUGAAGGCUCACUUUUAUCACAGGCAGAUUUGUGUAUCUUCUCAGUCUUCGAUGGACACGGAGGAGCCCAUGUAUCCAGAUUUGCUGCGCUGCAUUUGCGCUCCCUCCUGGAUGCCCAGCCAGCCUUCCAUAAAGGGGACUUCAGCACCGCCUUGCGGACUGCCUAUCUCCGCAUAGACGAGUUACUGCGUGAGGAGAGUAGCCAAGAGGAGCUUCUCUAUCUGUCGUCGCACACGCCUCACGAGCUGUUGCUGCACAGGCAGCAGCAGCAGCAGCUCGUUGAGCAGCAGCAACACCAGCAGCCAGUGCAACAGGACCAACAGGAAGGCAACAGCGGUUCUGCGAACCCCACACAUCCCGCGCAGCAUAGAGGAAUCAGGUCGACGCUGUCAAAUCUUGGCCAGCAUUUCGGUGUCAAAACGCAGCAACAGCAACCGACGCAACAUAGCAACUCAACUGAUGAGCCGGAAAUAUCACGGGGAGGAGCACAACAGGGCAACUCAACCACUACCACCAGCGCGCCUACCAGUGCGGCCGAGCCUGUAUUCGAGACCUCUCAGCAGCUGACUUGCCACGGGAGUCUUCCCUUUUUGCCGCAUCCGGACAGUCAGGCAGCUGCGGCAGCCACGGUAACAGCCUCCGAACCCCCUGCCGCAGCUGCUGCAGGGGCUGAGGACGUCUCUGUGACAGCUCCACACGCAGCAGCAGCAACUCCCGGUGCAGGGGAUGACGUAGCGAGCUCAAAAAAAGGGAAGAAAGGGGGACUUACUGGCCUAGUAGAUGCAGUUGCGCGGUCCAUUGGGCUAGGAAAACUAUUCAGCCGUGGCAGUACAAAUAGCACUGCCGCAGUCAGAUCCCUAGCCAACAGUGCGGGCAGUACAGCCCUUACCAUCUGCAUCACCGCCACACAGGUCACUGUUGCAAAUGUGGGCGACUCACGCUGCGUCCUAUGCAGAACAGGCGAAAUUGUGGAGCUAUCUCAAGACCAUAAACCCCAGCUUGCAGAAGAAAGGAUUCGCAUUUACGCUGCGGGAGGCUACUUAGAGAUGGGCAGGGUUAAUGGAAAUUUGAAUCUCUCGCGGGCUCUCGGGGACCUGGCGUACAAGGCAGAUGGCACUCUACCUCCCGAGAAGCAGAUUCUGUCGGGCUGUCCGGAUAUCGUGUCUAUCAACAGAGAUCCGCAGAGCGACGAAUUCUUGGUUAUUGGAUGCGAUGGCAUCUGGGAGCUUUUAUCUUCUGCUGAGGUCGUGGAGUUUGUACGGCGCCGCAUUGAUCACACUCUGGAUUUGUGUCAAAUCUUGCGGGAUCUCUUCGAUUCCUUGAUCUCCCCUAACCCAGCGCUGUUUGAAUACGGCUGCGACAAUAUGACGGCCUUUAUUGUUGACCUGAAGGCGGGGAGAAGGACACUUGUGUCUUCUAGCAGGAGGGCUUCUGAACAAUUAACAGCCCGUCAGCACACUAACGAAUCAAGGGAGCGAUUGAAUGUGGAGGCCAGCAGUACGGAGACUCUUCCCGGCUCGGCGUACGGAGAUGGAGAAUGCAAACAAAAAGAUCGCGAGCUUGCAGCCGGAAGAGGCGGAAAGCAUCAUCACCAACCGCAUCGAACGCAGCAACGAAAGCAGGAACAGGUAUCGUUCCCAAAGGAACGGAAGAACGGCCAGCAAGGGUGA